GCUGCUGCCGCCGCCGCCUCCGGAGGCCGCUCGGAGCUGCGCGAACAUGGCUGAAGUCGGCGAGGACAGCGGGGCCCGCGCCCUGCUGGCGCUGCGCUCGGCGCCCUGCAGCCCGGUGCUGUGCGCCGCUGCCGCCGCCGCCGCCUUCCCCGCCGCCGGGGCCCCCGCCGCCCCGGCGGCCUCCGGGCCCGCGGCCACCCCGUCGCCGCCUCCGCCGCCGCCCGCCCAGCCCCCGCCGCCGCCGCCACCGCCGGGCGCGAUCGCGGGGGGCGCGGGGGACUCGGGCCCGGCGGGCGAGGCCGCGGUGGCCGCGGCGGCCGACUCGGUGCGGCGGAGCCCGGGGCCCGCGCUGGCGCGCCUGGAGGGCCGUGAGUUCGAGUUCCUCAUGCGGCAGCCCAGCGUCACCAUCGGCCGCAACUCGUCGCAGGGCUCCGUGGACCUGAGCAUGGGCCUGUCGAGCUUCAUCUCGCGGCGCCACCUGCAGCUCACCUUCCAGGAGCCCCACUUCUUCCUGCGCUGCCUGGGCAAGAACGGCGUCUUCGUGGACGGCGCCUUCCAGCGGCGCGGGGCGCCCGCGCUGCAGCUGCCCAAACAGUGCACCUUCCGCUUCCCCAGCACGGCCAUCAAGAUCCAGUUCACCGCGCUGUUCCCGCAGGAGGAGGCCCCGGCCUCGCCCCUGCGGCCGCUCUACCCGCAGAUCUCCCCGCUGAGGAUCCACAUUCCGGAGCCGGACCUGCGCAGCUUGGUCAGCCCCAUCCCCUCGCCGACCGGCACCAUCAGUGUUCCCAACUCCUGCCCGGCAAGUCCACGCGGAGCUGGGUCCUCCGGCUACCGGUUCGUCCAGAAUGUGACCUCAGACCUGCAGCUGGCCGCAGAGUUCGCCGCGAAGGCCGCCUCAGAGCAGCAGGCGGACACAUCCGGAGGAGACAGCCCCAAGGACGAGUCGAAGCCGCCGUACUCCUACGCGCAGCUGAUCGUGCAGGCCAUCUCCUCGGCGCAGGACCGGCAGCUGACACUAAGCGGCAUCUAUGCCCACAUCACCAAGCAUUAUCCCUACUACAGGACGGCGGACAAGGGCUGGCAGAAUUCCAUUCGACACAACCUCUCCUUGAACCGCUAUUUCAUUAAAGUGCCCCGUUCCCAGGAGGAGCCUGGGAAGGGAUCUUUCUGGAGGAUAGACCCUGCCUCAGAAGCCAAGCUGGUGGAGCAGGCCUUCCGGAAACGGAGGCAGAGAGGCGUCUCCUGCUUCCGCACCCCCUUCGGGCCUCUGUCAUCCAGGAGCGCUCCGGCCUCACCCACCCACCCUGGGCUGAUGUCCCCUCGCUCUAGUGGCCUGCAGACUCCAGAGUGCCUGUCUCGGGAGGGCUCCCCCAUUCCUCACGACCCCGACUUUGGGUCAAAGUUAGCUUCAGUUCCAGAGUAUCGGUAUUCCCAAAGUGCACCCGGCUCUCCGGUCGGCGCCCAGCCCGUCAUCGUGGCCGUGCCGCCCCGGCCCCCCAGUUUAGUGGCCAAGCCCGUGGCCUACAUGCCGGCGUCCAUAGUGACGGCCCAGCAGCCCUCCGGCCACGCGAUCCACGUUGUGCAGCAGGCCCCCCCUGUCACCAUGCUCAGGGUGGUCACCUCCUCCGCCAGCUCCGCCAACGGGUACAUCCUCGCCAGCCAGGCCUCGGCAGGGGGUGCCCACGAAGCAGCAGGCACAGCCGUGCUGGACCUGGGCAGUGAGGCAAGAGGCGCGGAGGAGAAGCCCACCAUCGCGUUUGCCACCAUCCCCGCCGCCAGCCGAGUCAUCCAGACAGUGGCCAGCCAGGUGGCCCCAGGGGUCCCCGGACACACGGUGGCCAUCCUGCAGCCCGCAGCCCCUGUGAGCAUCGGGCAGCACCACCUGCCCGUCCGGGCCAUCACCCAGAAUGGCAAGCAUGCCGUCCCCACCAGCAGCUUAGCCAGCAGCGCUUAUGCCCUCACGAGCCCCCUGCAGCUCCUCGCGGCCCAGGCCAGCUCAUCGACGCCAGUGGUGGUCACCCGGGUGUGCGAGGUGGGGCCCGAGGAACCAGCGGCAGCCUCAGCAGCAGCCGCCACCACCACUGCUGCCACCGCUGCUGCCACCACCACCGCCACCCCAGCCACCACCGCCACCUCUGCCUCCUCCACCGGGGAGCCCGAAGUCAAAAGGCCGCGGCUGGAGGAGCCCAGUGGGACUGGGACCACGCAGGCCGGGGUGAUCACGGCUGCCGGCCCGCAGGGGUCCGGGACCGGGGAGUGACGGCACCCGCGGAGGUGGAGUGGGACGCAUGCCGAAAGGGGUUGUGCGGCUGGACCGCGACGGCCGACAUCGCCACCGCCUGGGACCGUGGAGAGAAAGCCCCAGGCUGCCGAAGCACGGUGCCACUCGGACAGGACGGCCGUCCGUCCGCCUGCUCCCGCACUCGCCCGCCCUGCCGUCUGUCCCCCUGUCCCUGUUGCAGUCGGCACAGAAACACAUAAACACGUGUUCAGACAGCCGAUGGCAUGACUCUGGGGCUCUUUGUUUCCCUCCCUGAGCACUGUUCGCCCCCCAGGUCCCCAGCCAUGAGCAGCAGCCUGCGCCCUGGCAACCCCCCAGACAGAGGCCCCCCAAGGGGAGGGCAGGGCGGCCACGCCCACCACUGUCUGCUGUGGCCCAGAACUGGCUCGGGAAAGGCAAGCGCAGUCGGACUUCUGACGGUUCAUGGCGUCCGCUCCCUGACGUAGGGACCCGGGAAGUAUCGGAUUGGCAUUAAUGGGGACGGGGAGGGGUCUUUUUGGCUUUGGACCCCUAGUAAUUCUUGUUUGUUUGCAACGUGGAAUCAGCUUCACCGACAUCCGAGACGCACAGAGGAACCACCUGUCUUGGGGGCUCCCACCUGGAGGCGGGCGACCGCUGUGGGCCUGUGGGCCUGGCAAGGUGAAUCCGCCGCCCUCUCUGCUCCCUUCAGGGGAGCUCACCGGCUUCCCGGGCAGCACUGGAGGCAGAGAGCUGUGUGGAGGGCACGUCCGGUCUUCAGCUCCCGCCCUGGGCCUCCCGCCAUUUGUGCUCCCGCGCCCGCGUCACGAGAAGCCAGCCCCGCUCUCUGUGGUCUCGACGCCCCAGUGCCAGUGGCCACCGUGGCACACCCAGCACGGAGUAGAGCCGCUCUCUGCCGCUUCACCAAGUGGUCUCUACCACCCGCGAGCACCGGGGACUUGGGGUCAGUCAGCGUGGGGCGGGCCGCGCCUCCUGCGCCCGGCUCUCCCUGGCGUGGCAGGGCCUGUGUGCAUCUGGGGAGAAUGAGGGGGCAGGGGGUGAGCCCGAGCUGUCCGGGCCCCUGCACAGUGUGCGGUCAGCCCAGCCUCUCGGCUGCUCGUGGGGAACAUUCUCAGGAAGAAAGACAAGGGGGCCUCUGGGGAAGGUGCUGGUCCUGCCGCAGUGGACAUGUAGAAACAGCAAAUGCGGAGCUUUGGCAGUCCCGGCAGGCCGGCCUCCUGCCCGAAAAGCCUCCCUGUCCUCAGCCUCCGUCUUCACCAGCAGGCUGCCUGCCCUUAGCACUAAGCCCCGAGGGCAGCUCGGCCUCUCCGGUCACCCCAGAGGACGAGCCGGCGGUCUCCCAGCUGGGACCCAGUGGGCAGGCAUUGGCUCAGGAGGAGGGGAGCCACGGGGCGUGAUCUCAAGGCAGCGCGGGCAAGACCAGCGUGCACACCGAGUGUGCCCUGCUCCCAUGGAGGUGGCGGAUGGCAGCGUGGGCAUGGCCAGCGCCCUCUCCGGCCCCAGGACCCCCACACCCCCCACCACCGCUCGCUGUGGACGCUGCAGAGCACCCUCCGCCCGGACUGACCAGGCGUUUCUGUGGCACUAACCCUUUCGUGGGAAACAAGCUCUUCUGCGAAGUCCAGGCAGACGGGUGGACAGACGGGAUGCAGACAGCCGGCGUGCGGCCUCAGGUGCAGCCACCGCUGCAGGUGACUCGAGUCGCACUCCAUUCCAUGGUGACUACAAACUCUUCACCACGAGUCUGGUGUGUGUGUGCGUGGGGACGGGUGAGCACGGGCCAGGCCCAGGCAGACCUGCCUCCCAGCCACAGGCCUCACUGUGAGGGUCCGCAACGAGGGGCCCGUCGCUCCGUUAUCAUUUAAUCAGGGGACGCGUUUGCUCGCAGGCGGCCGCCACCACAGGUUUGCCUCCUCAGGAUGCUGCACUGUCCACAGAUGGGGCCGCCGGCCAUUGGGCUCAUUGCCCAGUCUGGCCCCAGCCCCUUGCUUUCCUGACUGUCAAGGUGGUCUUUCUGUCCGUUCUCACUGAUGACCCCAGUCUGCAGCCAGAGGUGCAGGGAUGAGGGAGGAGAGGUGGGUGUGUGGGACUGGGGGGAGCACAGGAGUCCGCUAGGUGCCGUUCUGCCACGCAGACAGCUCCGUUCCUGUGGGGACCAAGACGGGACCCCGAGGGGUCGGCUCCAACGCCAGGCAGGGCGGGGCUGGGAGGCCGAGGCCCUGGGGAAGCUGCUGCUCUGGUCCGCAGCAGACAGCCCUGGACAGCUGGGUUCCCCGACUGCACAGCAUGCCUGGCUGGUGCCGGCACGUGUCCUGGGACUGGUCAGCAGGGGCUCCGGGAUGGCCAGCGCCCAAGGAGGUGCUGCAUGGCAUGGCCGGAGAGGUUGCCCAGGGCCCUCAGGGUCCAGCGACCUGUGACCUGCCCCGAGCAUGGGCUGUGGAGGGCAGGCGACCCCAGCCAAAGUUGGGGCAGCGAACGGUCAGUUCUGGCACAAUCCUGAGUCAGUGCAGCAUGAGGGUCCGAGAACCUUCUCUUUGGUCGCCCCGGGGGCUGAGUCUGGGAGAAGGGAUGGGCCAGUCGGAGGGGCUGGCACGGCCAUGGGGCCUCUGCUGCUGCAGCUCCCCCCAAAAUCACACACACACGCGCGCUGCCUGGGGCCUGCUGACCCGCAGGCUCGUCGCCUGGCACCAAGUGCAGAAAAACACUCUGCUCGGGGAAGAAGUCACAGAAUAAGGCAUUUAAGUAGGUGAGCGUUUCCCACCAAGACAAUGUAGGGUGACGUUGAGAGUGACAGGGUUGUCCCCGAGAGCACACCUCUGCAUCUGUCCACACGGAAGCUCCCCAGGUCCACUUGGCUCCGGUGUGGGGCUUGCUGUUUGUAUUUUCUGUCUCUGUUUCAGAACCAAGCCACGCGGGAGAAGGUGAGAGGGUUUCCGAGUCACUCCAGUGAGGACUCGGUGCUUGUCGGCCAGGAGGGACCGGGUUUGCGGGUCCCUGUCUGUGCCUCCCUGGUCCUGGUGAAAGAACGGGCAGAGGUCACAGGGUCAUUCCACUACCGCUGUCAUUUCUAGGAAGGCCCUCCGUCUGCAGGGGGCUCUGCGGGGACCCCCUCUCUGUGGGCGGAGCCCCUCGUAGUUCAGAGUCCCAAAGGAGGAGGAGGGGUUUCCUUGGCUCAGGGCUGGGUUUCUCACCUUAUGGAGGCAGAGAGCAGACCUCCCUGGAAAAUCGAAGCCUCGCUGAAAGUAAACAGGCCGGAGAAGGGCGUGUCCUUGAGCUUCAGUGCCAGACGUCAGCCGGCACAGUUGGUGCAGGCGAAUGGCCUGUCUUUCUCCAAAAGCUUCUCAUUCUGCUUUGCCCUUGAGUGAUGCUGGGGGAGAAGGACUGUCACCAUCUUGGGGUUCACACCCACAGCCGGCCUCUGCACCCCCGACCCCCUGAGAACAGCUCCCCCGGACGCACUUCAGGGCGCUGUGCACGUAAACUGCCUCUGUCCCGAUGCUGGGUACACAGUGCACUACUUGUUCUAGAGUAAGUUACCAAAAAUGAGUGUGAGGCUCCGCCAGGGAGAAGAGCCAGAGCGGCUGGCUGACACCCCGGACGCGCGUCUGGGCCGCCGCAGGGGCUCCCGCCGGCCUUCUGAUGAAGUGUUCCCUGCAGCCCCUCCACGAUACCUCUGCCUGGAAGGGACACUCUGUACUCAGAAUAACCUAAGUCGUUCAGACGUGCUGCUAUGAGGACGGGAUUGACCUGCAAGGCGGCCGGUGGGGACGGCGGCUCGGGCGAGGCCAGGACUCGGCCGGUUUCUGUCCAUCUUUCCAGAUCGUUCUCCUGUGUUUUACCAAUCCCUUUCAUUCUCAGAGCUCCUUUCCCGAGGCCUUGUUUUCCACAUUAGGGUUUUGAAAGCACUCAGGAUGCGGCUCUGGCCCCAUGCUCGCAGCUCAGAGGUUUGGCGCACAACCCCGCCGCCUGCCUUUCCGUUUCACGCCAAAGCUUCUGUCUUUGGUGUCGAGGGAGGGGCUGGAUUGGUGCUGGUGGGUGCCUCGGCGGCACCGCGGCCCCUGUGGGGUGGCGGGCAGCACCAUCCCUGCCCCCGGACUGGUGGCCGAGUCCGCCCGGGCCACGAGGGGCCCAGGAGCGCUGCUGUCCUCUCCAGAACUGCUGCUGCUCCCCCUGUCCUCGCGGCCACCUGACCCAGGGUGACAGCUGCUUCAGGGCUGGGAUUCGGGGGUACAACCCCAAGCACUUCUUCAGAACUGAAAUAAGAAAUAGGCCCAUUUCACUGUUCAGAGAAAAUGGUUUUAGUCAUAAAAGGGAAGGAGGGUCACUUGCUGAGCCAUCUCCUUACCCUGCAGGCUUCACAGGCCUGUUUGGGGGCGUUGGGCUCCAGCUGGUCAGUGACAGGAGGCCCUCCUGCAGGUGACCUUCGUCAGGGGGAGCACUAGGGGCUCGCUGAGGCUCUGCUGCCACCAGGGACGAGCGUGUCUGCCUUUUUCCACAGGGCCGAAAUGAAAAUCUCUUCUUUGAAUUCAUGCGCCUUGGGGCUCAUCCUAAUGCUGAUGUUGCUGCCCGCUCUUUCAGUGGAGAGUUAAGGGAGCAGUCACUUUACCUCGAGGCACCUCUCUCGCCAGGGGGAGACCCACCUGCUUGUCAUUCUGGCAGCCACUGGGAAAAUGGGAAAAAAAACUCUGGGGCCAGCGGGAGGCAGCAAGCGAGCAUCCUUGUUGUGGUUGACCGGGUGCUGCUGGCUGCAUGGGACCCACGAGCAGGUGGCUUCAGGUCACCUUCCCCAGGUUUCAGUCACCACAUCACCUCUGAGGGUGACCAGAGAGUUACUCUCGCCUUUCUGCCCCAACCCAGUUAUUCUGAGUCAACACAGAAGUGGAAGAAUUCUGGUCCUUCAUUCCUGACUCAGGAACCUUUUUGGGAAUAGUUUGCUAAUUUGAUUCAUCCACACAUUUAUUGAUGGUCGACUCCGUGUCUGAGAUCAUAAGCAGUGGAGGGCAGGCCAGGCCCGAGAUGCGCUUUUCCUGGGGAGGUUCACCUGCAGCAGACAGGCCCUGCUCUGCUGGGCUGUUUCCUGGGCCCGAGGCGUACCGUGCCCGGCCCCUGCGCAGGGCCGAGCUGGAAGGAGUCUGACUGCAGUGGACGUUUCCCCCCUGCAAGGCCUGAUGGGUAAUACACUGAGCCUGUGGCCUCAGGCUCUCAGCCUGCACAUUUUGUGUUCACUGGUCCAGGUUUUUUUUUUUCUUUUCAUCAGUAAAAAUGGGAUUUGAACUCAAACAUUUUAAGCUUGGCCCUUCCCUCCUUCCCGGUGCAUCUUAAUUUACUCAGUUCAAAUUCUGUCAGGGCGGGUGGGGGGCAGCGGGGAGACAGUGGACCCCAGACUGUCUCAGAGUAGCCGAGGGCAGACCCCACGGCUGGGCGCACGUGAGGGAGAACUGAACCCAAUACUGAUUUUUUUUUUCUUACCACACUGCUAAUUCUCCUGUAAAGGUAAUGUGGGGGGGGUGGGUGCUGUUAGGGCAGUGUGUGCGAGCGUGUGUAUUUUUUUUUUUUACAGUGGCUGUCUAAAGUGUUUUUUACAAUACGUUUAAUAAUCAAUGCUUUAAGAGUAUCCGUGGUAUCCUAUAAAGUGGAAAUUUAGGUUCUAGAGCCUUGGGUGUGGAGACGAGGUCACGUCGUGACGUUUCACCACCUGUGAGCAAAGUCUGGGCUGGGAAACCCGGGAAGGCGGGCAGACCCACCCCCUUCGGUGGCAGGAAGCCAGCGCUACCAUCUCGAAGACAGACAGACCCACAGUGGCUGGGCCAGCCUGCGUUUCCAUUUCUAAUGGGAUACAGUAUUUUUUUAAUAAGGAGCCAUACUUUUUUUUAAAAGUUUGAGAUAUGAAUGUGAUUUCUAAUUAUAUCAGACAUUAAUGUUUUAAAGCUAUAACAAAGUUUAAAAUUUCUACUUUUUGUUUUUCACUUAUUUUAACUGUUCUUUUAUCUAUUAAAUUGUUGUAUGUGGAUGGGGAAGUUUUGUUUCUCCUCUUAGCAUUUGUUUCUAUAACCGGAAAUAAAAUUAUAUAUUAAAGCAAUGACAGCCAGGCUCAGCACGGUCUUUGUGGGUGAGUGGCCGCUGGGAGAAAGACCCGGAUGGGCAGACGGUCCCCCUCAGCUGCCUGACCAGUGGCUCACUCCAGGAAAGAGGCAAACUGACAAAGGACGUGAUCUGCGGAGGUACCGCAAGGUCCGGGACUCGCAGGAGGUCCCUGAAGAUCGGCCUGCAGCUCCAGGGACACUGACGAACCAGGGGAGCCCCCCUGCUCCCAGGCCCGCACAGCUGCUUCAGUGGGCCCUGGCACCCACCAGAAGCAGACCUGCGCAGAUGUGGGCCUCCCUGUCCUUGCCUGCGUGUUGUUCCGGUACUGAGGUGGCCAGGCAAGGACGCUGCAGUCAGACAGCCUGGGGCGCGGGUGCAGCUGGGGGACUUGAACCUGCAAGAAGCCUCAUUUCUUAACAUGCGGAGCGGGCACCCCAACCUCCACAGCAUGUUCUGCGGAUUCAGUGACAUCAGCUGCGGUG